GGCCGCAGCACGGCCACUACUCCUUCCUGUCUCAAAAAACAAAAACAAAAAACUACUCCUUCCCCUCCCCCUCUGAUCAACAGCAAGCACGGCAGAGCCGUGCGCGCCGAAGUCAAAGCCAAAGCCGCCUCGCCGGCGCCGCAGGCGAUGGAAGCCACGCGGGAGGAGCCGAGGAUGGUGACGCUGCGGCCAGUGGAGGCCACGCCGGAGUCCUUCGCGCGCUUCGGGCAGGUCAUCGCCGCCUCCCCCGACGGCGACCAGUUCGGCCCCCACGACGCCCAGCUCGACCUCAGCCGCGGCAUCCCUAGGUUCUACAUCAUGAGAUUGGAGAGCAGGCCGCUCAGGUUCUCGACCAUCACCCACCACGCCAGCGUCACGCAGUGCCUGGGCUCCAUCGGCGGCCAGGACUGGUACCUCGGCGUGGCAAAGCCUUCCGUCGUGGACGAGCACAGUGGCCAGGAUGGUGGCAGGACUCCCGUGCAGUCGCCCGCCGGGCACUACUAUCUGCCUCCGGAUCCGUCCGAGGUCCGCGUCUUCCGGGUCCCCGGUCCCAAGUUCCUCAAGCUGCACGCCGGGACCUGGCACGCCGGGCCGCUGUUCAAGGGAGACACCCUGGAUUUCUAUAACCUGGAGCUGAGCAACACCAAUGACGUUGAUCGCACCACGUACUACUUCAAGAAGCAGGACGGCGUAACCUUUGUGAUCGAGGAGUGAGGCGCCGCACGUCACGACCUUAGUUACAAAAACCCAGCGCACCGUGUGCCUCGCGGACGCUCUUCGUGGCCAUGCCCCAGCGAGCGAGCGGCAGCCGGCCGCGGCGUGCACAUGGGCACGGAGGCCGGCGUGAAUGCGCGACCGCCGCCGGGCCAGGGCCCUCCCGGCGCGCGACACAUGGCACGCUCCGAC